AUGGCAUCCAUGGUCGAAGAACGAGACGAUGCGUCGCGAUGGCAAACGGGAUCCUUCAUGGAGAAUGCUCUAGCUGGCGUUGACCUCAAGGGCUGGGCAACAUUGCUUGCCCUAUUAAUUCCACUAUUUCUCCUAGGAGCAGUGCAAGCACAUCGCAAGAUGCAGCACAAGAGCCGAAAACCAUUCCCAUUCUUAGAGCUACCUCAAGAGCUGCGAGACAUGGUGUACGAGCACUUUCUCGAAGAUCCCGUAUACCCACCGCCACCGCGCUCGCUAGUCCAGCGUUCAUCGUUGGAGUGGAUGUAUCCCAGCCUUCUGACGUCUGCAUCUUCAGCGUCGCGCUCACGGCGUCACAGUAAAUGGAUAUUCCUAGCAAACAAACAGGUAUAUGCGGAAUACUUGGAUAUGCUCUGCAAACGCAACACCUUCCAUCUCAGCGUCUCGCCCCAAACUUACAAACCCAUCGCGCCAACCGCCUCCUCCGCAUCAUCACCAGACGACAACAAAGUCUGGCAAAUUUCGCCUUCUACUCUAUCGAAAGUUCGGAAUUGCUCUCUAAGUCUCGUUACCACUUCUUCAAUGCUCGGCGUCACGGACCCCCGCUCCAUGACAUCCUCAUCAUGGACGCUCGGUCAGCGCAUGCGCGAACAGCUCAAACAUAUGGGUAACGUACAUACCUUCACUCUCAACGCCAAAGCGCUCGGAGACCCCCUGUGGAACCCACUAUGGAUCUGGUACCAUGCGUCACAAUCACUCAAGAUGCUCGGCACAGAGGCCUCAGAUACAGUGCCAAUUGGCCCGCAACUUACCCGCAUUACUUUUUCGCUGGAUACAUGGAGUCCAGGGGAGAAUUAUGUGGCGAGAAGUCUGGACAUUGGGCCUGAGAUUACGGUUAGAGAGUUUUGUGCGAAGUUGUAUCAGGAGUGUAGGGUUUGUAGGAUUGAGAACGGCGAGGAAGAGUAG